AUGUCCGCCAAAUCCAUCUUCGAGGCCGACGGCAAGGCCAUUCUCAACUACCACCUCACGCGCGCUCCAGUCUUGAAGCCCACGCCGCUACCAAAGCCCGCCACUCACAACCCUCCCGCGAAGCUUGCCUCAAUCCACUUCGAGGACGGCGAUGAUAUCCGCGGUGUGCUCGACCAGGCCGAGGCCACAUAUCCUUUCCUCCUCGUUCCCGGCUCCAAGUUCGUCGCCAAGCCAGAUCAGCUCAUCAAGCGACGAGGCAAGUCUGGGUUGCUGAAGCUCAAUGCCACCUGGCCUGAGGCCAAGGAGUGGAUCGCUGCUCGCGCAAACAAGAUUCAGAAAGUCGAGCACGUCGAGGGCGCUCUACGGCAUUUCUUGGUUGAGCCCUUUGUUCCCCACCCGCAAGAGACAGAGUACUACAUCAACAUCAACUCCGUUCGUGAGGGUGACUGGAUUCUCUUCUACCAUGAAGGUGGUGUCGAGGUCGGCGACGUCGACGCCAAGGCAGAGAAGUUGCUCAUCCCGGUGGACCUUACGGAAUACCCCUCCAACGAGCAGAUUGCAGCUGGUCUGCUCUCCAAGGUUCCCAAGGGUGUCCACCCUGUCUUAAUUGACUUCAUCUCUCGCCUGUACGCCGUCUACGUUGACUGCCAGUUCACAUACCUUGAGAUCAACCCGCUUGUCGUCAUUCCCAACGCUGCUGUGACUUCGGCCGAAGUCCACUUCCUAGACUUGGCAGCCAAGCUCGACCAGACUGCCGAAUUCGAGUGUGGUGUGAAGUGGGCCAUCGCGCGUGCCCCAGCAGCCCUCGGCAUUCCGUCAGCCGCCAAUAAGAGCGGCAAGGUGACCAUCGAUGCUGGCCCACCAAUGGAGUUUCCUGCUCCUUUCGGCCGUGAGCUGAGCAAAGAGGAGGCCUACAUUGCUGAGAUGGAUGCAAAGACUGGUGCGUCACUCAAGCUGACCAUCCUCAAUUCGAAGGGUCGCAUUUGGACACUCGUUGCUGGUGGAGGUGCCAGUGUUGUGUACGCCGACGCCAUUGCCUCUGCCGGGUUUGCCUCUGAGCUCGCCAACUACGGUGAAUACUCUGGUGCGCCGACCGAGACUCAGACAUACCACUACGCUCGCACUGUCCUCGACCUCAUGCUUCGCGCACCGCAGCACCCAUCCGGCAAGGUCUUGUUCAUCGGUGGUGGUAUUGCUAACUUCACCAACGUCGCUUCCACAUUCAAGGGUGUCAUCCGUGCCCUUCGCGAGAACGCUCCUCUACUCAACGAGCACAAGGUCGCCAUCUGGGUCCGUCGUGCAGGUCCCAACUACCAGGAAGGUCUCAAGAACAUCAAGGCGGUCAGCAAGGAGCUUGACUUGAACAUGAAGGUGUUCGGCCCCGAGAUGCACGUUUCCGGUAUCGUGCCCUUGGCAUUGGUACCCGGCAAGAUGCACGCGGGCAUCAAGGAGUUCGAGGCAUAA